AUGGCCGUCAUCGAAGAUAUCCCCGGUCUGACAGUUAAGGUCAUCGCAAACGGUGCGCCGCUUGAUGAGUAUAGCGAUGCAGAUGCCGACGACCAUCCCAAGCAGGCCACGAAUUACAUAGAAGUGCAUUCCGAGGGCACUUUCGAGAUCCUGAUCCAAUUCUUCGAGGGUUUUGUCGCCACCUAUGGCGUUCGAGUCGAGAUCCGGCUUGACGGCACCAAGGUCAGUUCGUCCUUGACUCGCCUGAGCAAGCUCAAGGAGGCAGGAGGUCACAAGACUUCAGGUGUCCGCUCCAAGAUUGGUGGUAGAUGGCACGAGUCAAACUUUGUGUUCUCUCCUUUCGUCUUGGUAUCGAUGCUCAUUGUGCCCAUCUUAGACCAGCGCAACAACCGAGAGCUCGAUCAGGUUACUGCAGACAGACUGAGCAAGGCUGGUACCAUUACGGUUCUGAUUCAUCGCAUCAAGAACAUGAGGUGGCCUCGUGCCAGGGCUUCGAAAGUCGAGGCAUCUGACAUUGCUCAUGGUGUCGCAAAAUUCGGCGUCAUGCCAGCAAACAAGUCUUCACUCGCUAAAGAUGCCAGUGUCGGCGCACCUCAGCAGAAGAGGUCUAGGAAGUCGUAUCAUUAUGACAGCGUGGACGGAAAGGAGGAUGGAGACGCAUUUGCCGUCUUUCAAUUCAAGUACCGCUCGCUCGCUCCCCAUGUCAACAAUCACGACAGUCUGAGCUGUGAGGAGCUCGUCGCCAUAGUCGGCAGCUAUCGCGGUCAUUUCCGCGGUCUUGACGGUCUCAAUGAGAAGGAGCUCCUGUCUCUUCUCCAGCAUCAUAGGAAUAUGGACAGCAUGCAAGGUACCAAGCGCAAAGCAUAUGACGAUGUCGAGAUGGGUGGAGCGCAGAAGAAGUAG